GAGGCGCAUGCGCGCUCCCAGCGCUCCAUGACGAGAGCGCUGGGGCAGCAGCGGGAGGCCGGCUCGCGCUCCCAUAGGCCGCCUUCCCUCUCUUCCCCCCCCCCCCCCCCCCCAGCCCCUUUACCCUGGCGGGGGCGCGCGCGCGAGCCGUCGGUCGCGCGCGCCGCCGCCGCCGCACGCCCUCGCUGCCUUCGCUGUCAGGCGCGGGCGCUGCCCGCCCUCGGCUCGCGCGCGCGCUGUCAGCGUCUCGCGCCCCGUCUCGCAGUCCGGCGGCGGCUGGGGCUGGGGCUGCGCGGCGCGGCGGCUCGGGGCUGCGCGCUUCCGUCUCCGCGCCCCGCUGCCCCCCUUCCCCACCCCCUGCCCGCCCCCCAUCCUCCUCCUCCUCCUCCUCCUCCUCCUCCUCCUCCUCCUCCUCGUCCCGGCGUCUCUCCGCAGCCUCGGCCCCGGCAGCGGCGCCGGCCCUCGGAGAAUUAACUAGGCUUCAAAAUGAAAGUGAGGAAGAAGAGUCCCUGAAAGUAUCAAUUUGAACAAAAAUUAUUGCUGGUAGAGUAUACUUCAAGAAUGAUACAAUGUUAAUGCUUUCUAUGUACAGCUCUGUAAGGAUCUUCUCUAAGGAGUUGCAAUAAGACAAACACUGAGAAUAAUUUUGCUCCGGUACAAUGUGGUGAAGCAGAGGAACUGAAAUUGUGCACUUUUUUGUACAGGCUAAGGACUUAAAAUGUUUGUUAUUUUGUGAGCAGAAGCAGUUCUGGAGUGAAUUGAACAUCUGAAAAUGCGGCCAUGGACUGGUUCCUGGCGUUGGAUUAUGCUCAUCCUCUUUGCUUGGGGAACUUUACUUUUUUAUAUUGGUGGACACCUGGUACGAGACAGUGAGCACCCAGAUCAUUCUAGUCGUGAAUUAUCCAAGAUACUUGCUAAACUUGAACGUUUAAAGCAGCAAAAUGAAGACUUAAGGAGGAUGGCAGAAUCUCUCAGGAUACCAGAUGGUCCCAUUGAUCAGGGACCAGCUGCAGGAAAGGUACAUGCUUUAGAGGAGCAACUUUUAAAGGCCAAAGAACAGAUAGAAAACUAUAAGAAGCGGCCAGGAGAUGGGGGCCUUGGAAAAGACCAUGAAAUACUGAGGAGAAGGAUCGAAAAUGGGGCUAAAGAACUUUGGUUUUUCCUCCAGAGUGAAUUAAAGAAGUUAAAAAAACUAGAAGGAAGUGAACUGCAAAGACGCAUUGAUGAAUUCCUGUCUGAUCUGGGUCAUCAGGAAAGGUCAAUAAUGACGGAUUUGUACUACCUCAGUCAAACAGAUGGAGCAGGAGAUUGGCGGGAAAAAGAGGCCAAAGAUCUAACAGAUCUGGUACAGAGGAGAAUAACUUACCUACAGAACCCGAAGGACUGCAGCAAAGCUAAGAAACUUGUGUGUAAUAUCAACAAAGGCUGUGGCUAUGGUUGUCAGCUUCAUCAUGUAGUCUACUGCUUCAUGAUCGCUUAUGGCACUCAGCGAACACUUAUUUUAGAGUCUCAGAAUUGGCGCUAUGCUACUGGUGGUUGGGAAACUGUGUUUAGGCCUGUAAGUGAGACAUGUACUGACAGAUCUGGUACCACCACUGGACACUGGUCAGGUGAGGCUAAUGAUAAGGAUGUUCAGGUGGUGGAACUUCCCAUUGUUGACAGCUUGCACCCACGGCCGCCUUAUUUACCAUUGGCUAUCCCUGAAGACCUGGCUGAUAGGCUAAUUCGUGUACAUGGGGAUCCUGCAGUGUGGUGGGUCUCACAGUUUGUCAAAUACUUGAUUCGUCCACAGCCUUGGUUAGAAAAAGAAAUAGAGGAAGCUACAAGGAAACUUGGUUUCAAGCAUCCAGUAAUUGGUGUUCAUGUUCGAAGGACAGACAAAGUAGGAACAGAAGCAGCAUUUCAUCCCAUUGAAGAAUAUAUGGUGCAUGUUGAAGAGCGGUUUGAACUUCUUGCUCGCAGAAUGCAUGUUGAUAAAAAAAGAGUGUAUUUGGCUACGGAUGACCCUUCAUUGUUGCAAGAGGCCAAAUCCAAGUAUCCAAAUUAUGAAUUUAUCAGUGAUAACUCCAUAUCUUGGUCAGCAGGACUUCAUAAUCGAUACACUGAAAACUCCCUGAGAGGCGUUAUUCUGGAUAUCCACUUUUUGUCUCAAGCAGACUUCCUUGUCUGUACAUUUUCAUCCCAGGUUUGUCGAGUUGCCUAUGAAAUUAUGCAGACAUUGCAUCCAGAUGCUUCAGCAUAUUUCCACUCACUGGACGAUAUCUACUACUUUGGGGGACAGAACGCCCACAACCAGAUUGCUAUUUAUGCUCAUCAUCCACGAACUGCUGAUGAAAUUCCUAUGGAACCUGGAGAUAUAAUUGGAGUAGCUGGAAAUCACUGGGAUGGUUAUUCAAAAGGCAUCAAUAGGAAAUUAGGAAGAACAGGCCUGUACCCAUCUUAUAAAGUUAAGGAAAAAAUUGAGACAGUCAAAUACCCUACGUACCCAGAGGCUGACAAAUAGAAUAAAAUGAAGACAUUCGACAGUGAUUCUCACUUCUAAUUGGUUCAAACCAGUCAACAUACUAACAAAUGGUUUAUAUGGGAUUUGAAUUUGCAUUUUAACGUGCAGUUAAAAUCAAAGCCUUUGGUAAUGAAACUGGAAAAGAAGCUGAGAACAAAUGGAUGGGCUACUAUCUGAACUUACUUCUAAACAUUUUUUGUUAUAUGCGCUCUCACACAUGCACACACAAAACCACAUACAACAGGAAAACUGUUGUUUUAUACCUUUUGUCUCUUUUCAAGAUUUGUCCCAGUCAGUAGUCUUACGUGAGCUUUGGGCUCUUUCCUCUGCUAUUAAUUGACAAUAAUGCUCAGACUUAUAACACUGCCAUAUCGUGUAAUUUGAGUGACAUGAACAUAUUUUGUAUGUGCAAAAUUUAAAACAUGGUGCCUAUAUUUGAAAGAUUUGUGACCUUUUUAAAAGAGCCAUGCCUAUUUCACUAAUGGGCAAAAGUCAAUCUUCAACUGGUGUUACCGUGACCACCGAAUUUGCUUCAGAUUCAAAUUUCAGACUAGGUUUCUUUACAAGUUUAUUUUUAGCAUUCCACUGAUUACUUCUCAUCAUUAAUAAAAUAAAGGAUACAUCCAACAAUAAAAUAGUCACUGUCUGUUAGGAAUUUUUGUAAAACAAUGCCAUAAACAAAUUCUUUAGUACUGAAUGUUUUUGGACAUUGCCUUUGAUUUAAAAAUAAAAAAAAUGAAAAAUAAAAAAAAACAGAGAAG